UGAUUUGAGACAGAAAGGGACCAGACCACUGCAGACUGUAUUUAUAUUUUAAACUGCAAUACAAGUGACCAACGUGAGGACACACGUGACACGACACAAGACAAUGGAGGGAACUUGCAUGCAAAUGAACCUAAUCAAAACAAGAACCAUGAACCAAAAAUAAUAGGACAAUGAAUAAAGGUACUUAAGCCUAACAUUUAGCAAAAGAAUGUGAUAAAGUGAUGAAGAUGAUUCUAUGGGUGGUUACAUAAACUCUGAUAAACUAAGAUACCAGAAGUGACUGUGUCAGAGACUCUCUGGAACCAUCAUUACCCUCAUGUUGUGACAAGCCCUCGGAGGACGCCAGCUUUUAUACUGCGGGUGGAUCUCAUCCCAUCAGAUCACUUUUCACUAUUUGAGGAAUUUGUUUGCGUUUUUGUCCUCGUUUGCAGAAUGAACAAUGAGACGACUCUGACCUCUCAAAAAGAAGGUGUUCAGAUCUUUAAGAGGAGAUCGAGGGUUUCAGUGUUGACUUCAGGAUCUUCUUAAAAUAAGGAGCAGUUGAUUAACCAGAGAGAUCGGACUGCGUUCACAGCUGAAAUGAAUUCGACUGGUGCCACCGAGAUGAUGAAUAAAACUUUGAUGCACUGCUCAAUGCUGCCCACGCAAGAUCUUGGAACUCUGUUCCAGCGUAUUUUGAUGAUCCUGGAGAUUGUCGUGGGCCUGCCAGCAAACAUCGUGGCUUUGUGCAUUUUCUGUUUCCACAUGAAAUAUUGGAAACCCCACACUCUCUUCCUCUUCAACCUGGUUCUGGCUGACUUCCUGCUCCUCAUGAGUGUGCCUUUCCGCAUCGACGCCAACCUCCGAGGGGAGAACUGGGUGUUUGGACCAACCUGGUGCCGCAUCAACCUCUUCAUGCUGUCUGUCAAUCGCUCUGCCAGCAUUGCAUUCAUGACAGCCGUGGCAGUGGAUCGCUACUUCAAAGUGGUCCAUCCACUUCACUGCGUCAGCCGGAUUACUUUAACUCAGUCGGCCUUGCUCUCAGGCCUGAUGUGGAUGGCUGUGAUCGCCCUUCGGACUCCGCUGUUGACCAUCAACCUCCUACGCCAGCAUGGCAACAUCUCCCUGUGUCGCAGCUUCAGCUCCUACACCGUAGUCCCUUUGGUGAUAAAACUGCACUACGUGGCCUUCACUGUGGAGUUCUUGCUGCCCUGGUUCUUGUUGCUGUUCUGCUCAGCCCGGAUUACCUGCUUUCUGCUCAAGCGGCAGGUGGGCGGGCAGAAGAAGGUACGGAGGGCCAUCCUAGCAGUUGGGGUGAUCACUUUGGUGUUCACCUUCUGCUUCAUGCCCAGCGUCCUCACAGGCCUCGGCGGCGUGUACAUCAAAUAUUUCCACCCAAAGGACUGCAUGUCCUACAAUCAGAUCACCCGGGUAUUUGUCCUGUGCAUCGGCUUCACCUACUUCAACAGCGCUCUGGACCCUAUCGUCUACGCUUUCUGUAGCUCCAUGUUUCGUGAUGCCUUCAAGAGCUUCUUUAGCCACCUGGGCUAUGUGAAGAACAAUGCCAGAGCAGACAACACAGUGACUGCUGAACAGCACAAACUAUCAGAUUACUGAUGCCUUGAGGAAGAUGCUGAGCCACUCUGACGGUAACUCACAACAAGUGUUCAGAAGGUUACUGAAAAACAGUAAUUACUUACAGUUACUGGUUACUUCUCUCAAAAGUAAUUGAAGAACUUUACUACUUACUGUAUAUAAAAGUAAUCAGUUACUAAAGAAACGUUUCUCUGCUGCACGUCUGCUUCUGUGCUCUUGCACUGUUAUAUUAUAUAUAUUAUUUAGUUGUUAAUACUCCCGACCACCAGGGGGCAGCAACCAAAACCCAUACCGAUGUAAACCAAGCCCCCAGGAAGAGCGCCAGGCUUUGACAUAGUGGCCGAACCAUGUAAGUACAGCCCAUAAAGUUACAGUGUGAAAGAAGAGCAGCACAACCGCCUGUAAAAUGACAUUUUAAAAGUCUAGAAUAUCUGAAAGAUUAAGUUAUUUAUCUCUAAACAGGCUAAACAGGAAGUUAGGGCCACUGUAGCCCAUAGAGCCCGCGCAGUAGAGGCUUUCCAACACUGCCUCCACUUCUCUUUAUACAACCCACAAUUUAAAUAAUCACUAAUGAUUUAGAUCAUAAACUGGAAAAUCAGCGAGAUGCACUCGGUGUUUGUCUGCCGUCUUCUGCAGUUCUUCACUAUGUAAACGUUAAUUAAUUAGUUACAUUACUAGUUGACACCAAAAGUAGUGGAAUUACAGUAACAUGUUACUUUAUAAUGGUUUAAUCCUAACACUGCCACCAACCUGUUUAAUGGUCCAGUGUGGAGGAGAAACAGUGAUGAAAUUCCCUAUCUCGAUCCAGUGUUUGUGCAACAUGGCGAACUCUCUGUAGAUAAUAACAGCUUAUUGUAAAGAAAUGAUACACUAAUGAAAACAUACAUAAGAAUAUUAUGUUAAUUUUCUUUCAAAUGUUAAACAUUUAAACUCCAGUAAGUGCUUUAUACUUCAGUCUGAGUGUGUUGAUGAAUGUUGCAGGAGUGUGUAUAACAGUGUAAUAAAUACAGUGGAGUCACUGCAAUGUACAAUAUUUAUGUUCAAACUGUAUAAAAUGGAUGUGAAUGUGAAUAAAAGCAGGAAAACUUAAA